AUGCCUAUUGGUAUGUUCGUUCGUUACCGUGUUUCGUUACUGUCUCAUCGGAAACGAUGUCUCCGGCUGCGACCGUUCUUUACAACGUCGAACGCGUUCCUCGUUUUAAACGGUAGUCGCCAGUUUGCUUUCCUGCUAAACACGCUAAACGCUGCUGGUCGCCCGGCCGCGCGGCCUUUCGCCCGUGUCCCGCCAGCCGCUCCGCUAUUGCCGGUCGUUUACGUACCGUACAGUACCGUUUUUCCCACGCCGCCCGCAAAAGGCGUGUCGUAUCGAUACGUCCCGCAGCGUACUCGGCGACUAACGCCGCCCGUUCGCGUGCGUUGCAAUCGGCCACGCCGUGCCCGUCACGGCGCUAGAACCGCCGGUCACGAAACGCGCGGACGUGCAAAACGGUCGCCGUGGUCGUGCGCCGAGGCGGUCCGUUUGGAGGCUCGCGGUCCGUCGUCCCGGCCCCCCGCACCUCGGACGUCCGUGGUCGUCCGGCGGAAGCUGCCGGACCGGCACCCGUCGGACAAUCCGGCGCCGUUGGUCUGCCGGAAAUCCACACGCUCCGCAAGACAAAACCUACCAGGCACCCAGCCUCCAACGUCCGACCCGACGACGCGGUAA